AUGUCACUUUAAAGGGAGAACACAAUAAUAAAAGAAAAUAGGUUAAAACGAAUUCAAAAGUUAUUUAUUGCAAGAAGUUUAGCUAUAAAUGAACCUUAAACUUAAAGUGAUAGAAAUAUUUUCUAAGAAAUCAAUGAUGAAUAUAAUAUUGAUAAAGGUCCAAAAUACAAUGAAAAGGGUGAAAUAAUAAAACACUCUAUUUUAGGAAAACCAGAUUGGUUCAAUAAAACAAAGUAUGGUAAAAAAUAAGCAUAAUUCGAUGAAUUUAAUCUUCGAUAACUUCCAUAAAAAUCAUAAACAAGAAUUGAUUAAGAUUAAAAAUCUAUGGCAAAGAGUGAUAUAAAAAGUUUAUAAAAAGGUGGAGGCUCUGGAAAAUUCAAAAAAGAUAAGAGAGAUUAAUUAACAACUAAAACUUAAUUGCUUGAAGAAUUAGAUAAGAUUAAAGAUAGAAUAGAAAUGAAUAAAGAAAUAGAGUUAAGAAAACUUAAGUAUUUAUAAAAAAUUAAGUUUAGAGAACUAUAACCUGUUGUUAGAUCUAAUAUUACAAAAUAAGAAAGAGUAAUGGAUAAACAUGAUAAGAUGGAAUAAUACUGGAAUGAUUUUACUUAUUAAUAAGCAAAUCAAUUAAGUAGAUUUCCUUCUGAUUGUCAAUUAAUAUAAGCUGAAAAUUAUAGAACAAGAUUAGAAGCAGCAGCCGCUUUUGAUGCACUUAAAACAGAUUAUGAAAGAUUUGGUCCAAGAGUUUGGUAAAUGACUUUAAGAAAACCUGAUCAAUCAAAUGAAACCUUAAUGAAAUUGAAGGAUACAUAAAUUAUUGUAGAAAAUGAAAGAAAAUAUGAUUUUAUUGUGGUAAUUCAUAAUAAAGAUUAUUUAGGGAUCGGAUUUGCCUUAUGCAUUUACAGAAUCAUCAGUAUGUGGACAUAAGGGAGGUAUAGAAUAUUAUAGAAAACCAAAUUUUUUGCCAGAUAGUGGUCAAUUAACAAUUUCCAGUAGAUUUAGAAAAUCAACAGAUUCUGAAAUGAAUUAAAGUUCUCUUCCAUUUAAAAGUUUUAGAAGUGAAGAAUAUUUAAUGAAAAAAAUUGAAAAACAAAAAAGUUAAUUCAGCUAAUCUCAUAUGUUAUCAAUUGAUAAAACUGAUGGAUAUGAUUAAUUAAUAAUAUUAGGAAAGAGUUAAUAUGAAGUAGAGAAAUAAAUGUUACUUAAUGAUGGAACAGAUAAUACAGGAGUUUAUCGUAAAAAUAUUGAAAAGAUACCAGAAGAAUUAACUAAAGAAUAAAUUUAUGAAUAGAAUUUUACUGGAACAUAAAGAUUAAUUUUGCCAUAGAUUUAUAAGAGUCAAAUGUCUAAGAUUAAAAGAUAAGGAUCUGUAACUAGCAGAAGUUAAGAUUCAAGAAGUAGUAUGGAUUUUUAAACAGAAAAUUAAACAGUUAUAUAAUGA